AUUUUUACACAAUUUUUGUCGCGACUUCCAGAUACGACGAUCAAAAUCUCGUUUGUGAAAUCUAAACGAGAUUUCAUCCAAGUACUUCCUUUUCCGGUUACACAAUAGAGGCAGGAUGAGUAAGAUCAGCAGAGACAACUUACAGGAGGCAAUUUCUACUGUUGUGAAGAGCUCAAAGAAGAAGAGGAGACAUUUUACCGAAUCUGUUGAACUCCAGAUUGCGUUGAAGAAUUAUGACCCUCAAAAGGACAAGCGUUUUGCUGGCACCGUCAGGCUGAUGCAUGUACCAAAACCGAAGAUGAAGGUGUGUAUCCUUGGAGACCAGGUACACAUUGAUCAGGCAAAGGCCAAUGAACUCCCAUGUAUGGAUGCUGAUGCCCUGAAGAAACUGAAUAAGGACAAAAAGCUUGUCAAGAAACUAGCCAAGAAGUACAGUGCUUUUAUUGCCUCUGACACCCUGAUUAAACAGAUCCCUAAGCUCUUGGGACCUGGUCUGAACAGAGCUGGCAAAUUCCCUACACCCAUGUCUCAUCAGGACUCUAUGAUGAACAAGGUAGAAGAGACCAGAGCCACCAUCAAGUUUCAGCUGAAGAAGGUACUGUGUUUAGCCACUUGUGUGGGUCACUUGAAGAUGACUGAAGAACAAUUGUACCAAAACAUCUCUCUGGCUAUCAACUUCCUGGUGUCUUUAUUGAAGAAGAACUGGCAAAACGUGAGGGCGCUCUACAUCAAGAGUACCAUGGGCAAGGCACAGAGAAUCUACUAAACUUGAAAAUGCUAUUGAACUGUAUCAGCUUAUGUAGAAUAAAAUCUGUGAUUGUCCUAAUA